AUUCGGAGCCCUCUGCCGGCAGCUGUCCUUUUUCGCUGGACCCCAGGCGGAGAGGCACGGAGCGGACCGAUCCCAACCAAACUGUCGCGAUGAUCCGCUCUCUGUUGGAGACUGCCCAGAGCAGUCCGUUCCCGUCGGUACCGGUGGCCCACUGCGAGCCGGCCGCAGAGCCCGCCCAGCCCUCGCUCGUGCACGGACGCAACAUCGCCGCCUUCAGCACCGCAGAGCCCGAGUACAGCUGCGAGUAUGGCUCGCCCAAGUUUUUCGCCAUCGCCGGCCUGGGCGGAGUGCUGUCGUGCGGUAUCACGCACACGGCCAUCGUGCCGCUCGACCUGGUCAAGUGCCGCCUGCAGACCGAUCCCGAAAAGUACAAGGGCAUCGUCAACGGAUUCCGGGUCUCCAUCCAGGAGGAGGGAGUGCGAGGCCUAGCGCGCGGCUGGGCGCCCACCGCCAUCGGCUACUCGAUGCAGGGCCUCUGCAAGUUCGGCUUCUACGAGGUGUUCAAGCACCUGUACUCCAACAUCCUGGGCGAGGAGAACGCCUACCUGUGGCGCACCUCGCUCUACCUGGCCGCCUCGGCGUCGGCCGAGUUCUUCGCCGACAUCGCACUGGCGCCCAUGGAGGCUGCCAAGGUGCGCAUCCAGACCAUGCCGGGCUUCGCGUCGACCCUGCGCGAGGGCUUCCCCAUCAUCAUGAAGCAGGAGGGCUGGUGGGGCUUCUACAAGGGCGUGGCGCCGCUCUGGGCCCGCCAGAUCCCCUACACCAUGAUGAAGUUUGCCUGCUUCGAGCGUACCGUUGAAGCGCUCUACCAGUAUGUGGUGCCCAAGCCGCGCGCCGAGUGCUCCAAGGGCGAGCAGCUGGUGGUGACGUUCGCCGCCGGCUACAUCGCCGGCGUGUUCUGCGCCAUCGUCUCCCACCCGGCUGACACCGUCGUCAGCAAGCUCAACAUGGCCAAGGGCUCGUCGGCCAUCGACGUCGCCAAGAGCCUGGGCUUCAUGGGCAUGUGGAAGGGCCUGACGGCGCGUAUCAUCAUGAUCGGCACACUGACGGCGCUGCAGUGGUUCAUCUACGACGGCGUGAAGGUGGCGCUGCGCGUGCCGCGGCCGCCGCCGCCCUCCAUGCCCGAGUCGCUCCGGCUCAAGCUUGAGGCCAAGCAGCAGUAGGUCGGAGGCCAAGCGCCAGUAGGGAUGGAGAGGUCCCCGUGCCGCUCCCCGCACUCUAGUCGAAUACUCAGAAGAUGUCGUGAUCUUGCUGCGUGUCGUGGAACCACGUUCAGCUGUUGAGCAGUUGAAUCGGUACUAGGACAAAUCAUAAAUGCUCAUUCUGUUCUUGGGCAUUAUCAAAUGGCGUCAUUCUGAGCAGUAUUUUGAAGAGGAAAUACAAUGCAUAUGUCAGUCAUAUGAAGGAAAUACAUAGGAUGAAACGAC